AUGGAUGCCACUGUUGCCCUUUCUGUUGUCGUAGCAAUCCUGUUCCUGUGUAUCGUCCUUGGGUUCGCCUUCUUUUGCUUUAAACACCACCAGCGGAAGCAGAUUGUGGAGUAUCGUAAUCAAUUUUUUCCAGUAUACACUGGAAAACACCAGGUAAAAUACCAUGUAAAACGAGCUUAAAAUGAAGCCACUACAUAACAACCAGUGCCUGCUUGGAUUCUGCAACUUAUUUUGGCUAAAAAUGAUGCUUGUUGGACGGCUUAAAUUUCACACCCCUCCCAUUCAAGGAUCAUACUCAACACCUACAAUGACAACUUUAAACGCGAAAGAACGGAGAAGGGGGAUUUCUUUUACUUGUGAAAAUUUUGUCUCAGAGGAGCGAUGAAAUUAGAGAAGGAGUUUUAUAACCAAACGUCUCUCAACCUUUGUUCAAACAUGACGGCGAAAAUAAAAUGAAUUUGCAAUCUUUCAAACUUCAUCUCGAUUAUCGUCAUCUCCUUUGAUAUGUGAAACGUAGGUGACUUUACGUGGAGUAGUUGAAUUUCUAUGGACAACCAAUUUAAAAAAGGUAAUAAAAAAUCUAUUGUCAGUGCCGGUUAACUUCCUUCGCAAAACGCUCAUUGGGACUAAUUUUUCACGUCGUAGUCGUGCAAUUAGGUUUGAUAGCCCGUGCAAAGUUGUCGUUUUUGGUUGUUAAUCCGACCCGCUAGUGGUUUACCUUCUCGUUACCAUCGUCGACUCUCUUUUGCUUAAAAUCCUUAGUAACCUUUCGAAAGUGGAGGGUUGCUUUACUUAUGGCCACUUUACGUACAUUCGUGUAAACUCUCAUGGUGUUGGACACUUUUGAGAAAUGAAUGAUUAUACAAUUAUCAGCAUCUGAGUUGCUUGUUCGAGGCCAGUCGACAGACACAAUUUGCAAAAUUGCAACCAUAGAUUGCUCCUCGUUUUAAAAUAGAUAUAUACUCACGGAUAAAUAGAUGUAUACUCACGGAUAGUAAAGAUGGCUGACAUUUUGUUCAUUUCAUUUCAGGCUACGAACCAGUCUGUUCCGCAAAAUAGUCACGACUUUUUUUGUCGACCUACCGUGAACGAGGUGCCUAGUUUCUUUGCCGAGUGGCCAUAAAUUUAAGUCUACUUUUCAAACCUAAACUGGCUUUUGUUUAUUCUUUGACUGGACUAAAAAAGUGAUCCAUCGCCCUGAAAUGGCCUUCUAAAUUCAGGUAAUACUCAUGAACCAAACAGUUUCCAGUUGGAGGGAAUGAACUUACCAUUGCUUAGACUAAAUAGGUCCCUACUGUAUACGUUAAUUAAUAAAAUAUUUCUUGAUUGUUUUAGAUUGACCCUAAUCGUACACUGCUUGAACAAUGUAAUGAUCUGCCUUAUGACCCUGAUUUCGAGUUUCCUGAGGACAAGCUCAUUCUUGGGGAGUUGCUAGGAUCAGGGGCCUUCGGAAAAGUCAUUAAAGCAGAGGCUAUAGGAAUAAACAACUUUAGUCCCAGAGACAAAAGUCAAAAGAAAAGUCAGCGGUGGCCUAAAAUGUUUCGUCAACACAGGGCCGGCCAUGCGUACCAUGAUCCCAGAGGCAGUGCGUACUCGAAGACCAUCGUAGCUGUAAAGACUGUUAAAGGUAAUGUUUCAAGUCAAGAGAUCUCUAUUUCAACUUGUGUAACAUUUACUAUGGAGCAAGGAUGGCUGGUACUUGUCCGGGGUUGGUGGAGGGGGACAAAAAAGGAAUUUGGUUUAUAGUUACUGUAGCAGCUGAUAAUAUGCAGGGGAGGGGACGAGUUACCAGGUUACCUGCGCGGUACUGAUGUGGGAGACGGGGUAGGGUUGAUUUGGGAAUCUGCGGCUACCAGUGGAAAAAACUCCAGCCAUGCCCCUGGAUUCAGCAUGGGUGAGGUGGGCAAUUCGCAUAGGGCGUCUCUCAUGCAUGAGAACCGUUCGUGCUCAUUCCUAUUGCUGAGGUUUGUGCCCAGUUAAAGUGAACGUUGCUUGUUACAUGGUCACAUGGACUCCACUAGACCCUGUGGAAACUGCACUUUUUUAACUGACCGAGUACGAUAUUUUGGCACUUCAGGGAAAGCUACUAAAGAGGAAGUAAGAGACCUGGCAUCAGAGCUGAAAAUUCUAAUUUGCGUUGGAGAACACAAAAACAUUGUAAACCUCCUUGGUGCUUGUAUCAAGCGAGAUCGUAUCCUUGUCAUUCUGGAAUAUGCACAACAUGGGAGUUUACAAAAGUUCUUACGAGGCAAGCGAGAUGUUUAUGAAGCAACCUGGACUACGACUGCGAGUGACCCAGAGAUAGGAUUGAAUAUAUCAAAUCUUGUAAACUACUCUUACCAAAUAUCCCGUGGAAUGGAAUACCUGGCGUCUAAAAAGGUAAUGUAGUAAUGUUGCCCCGUUCAAGGAUUCCCACAUUUCUGAAGGAAAUUCAGUUCUAAAAAGAGCUGUAGUGGCUCUUGGUUGUAAUAGACCUUUUUGGCUUAUGUUUUAUCUUCCCAUUUCACACCACGUGAUGUUCUCAAGGCGUUUUGUCUUUUCAUAAGAUAUACAUACAUAUGCUCAUGGAUGCACGAGCAAAGGACAACUUUUGAAAGGAACGGUUCUCUGAGGUACCAUCAAGUGGUCUGAAAAGGGAAGACAAAACAUACAAGCUAAAAAGGUCUAUUNCGUUGGAGAACACAAAAACAUUGUAAACCUCCUUGGUGCUUGUAUCAAGCGAGAUCGUAUCCUUGUCAUUCUGGAAUAUGCACCACAUGGGAGUUUACAAAAGUUCUUACGAGGCAAGCGAGAUGUUUAUGAAGCAACCUGGACUACGACUGCGAGUGACCCAGAGAUAGGAUUGAAUAUAUCAAAUCUUGUAAACUACUCUUACCAAAUAUCCCGUGGAAUGGAAUACCUGGCGUCUAAAAAGGUAAUGUAGUAAUGUUGCCCCGUUCAAGGAUUCCCACGUUUCUGAAGGAAAUUCAGUUCUAAAAAGAGUUGUAGUGGCUCUUGGUUGUAAUAGACCUUUUUGGCUUAUGUUUUAUUUUCCCAUUUCACACCGCGUGAUGUUCUCAAGGCGUUUUGUCUUUUCAUAAAAUAUACAUACAUAUGCUCGUGGAUGCACGAGCAAAGGACAACUUUUGAAAGGAAAGGUUCUCUGGGGUACCAUCAAGUGGUCUGAAAAGGGAAGACAAAACAUACAAGCUAAAAAGGUUUAUUCUCCAGCACGUGGUUAUUUUCUCCGUUUGGCUUCAAGGAGUUUUGUCAUGAUUUAAAUCGUUCAUUCGACUCUAAAUCUGCGCCUAUUUGUUUGUUUUUCGCGUUUUAAAGAGUAUGACUAUUUGAACCGGGGCGCUUGA